AUGAAUUUCCUUCGAAGAAGGAGGCAAUCGACUUCAUCUGAUGACGAUGUAUCACUCAAUGACCAAUCGCAGAUUCACAAGUCGCGUAAACCACCAAACACUGCGUUUCGCCAACAGAGAUUGAAAGCAUGGCAGCCAAUAUUGACCCCCAAAUCUGUGAUUCCAUUUCUAAUAGUAUUGGCUGUUAUUUUUGCACCUUUGGGUAUAGCUAUUAUUUUCACAACUUAUAACGUGCAAGAGUUGAAUAUCGACUAUUCCCAUUGCGAUCGACAGAGUGAUGAGUUUACAUCUAUCCCCAGCAAGUAUACUGGCUCGCAUUUCGAUGGUAGUACGAAACCUGAUUUUAAAUGGAAGUUGGAAAAUAUAACAGAUGGCGAUGAUAUAACUUCGAGAUGUGUGAUUCAGUUUAAUGUUCCAGACUUGAAGCCUCCAUUGUACUUGUACUAUAAACUUACCAACUUCUUUCAAAACCAUAGGAAAUAUGUUGAGAGUUAUGACUUGGACCAGUUGGCAGGCAAAGCAUUAUCUAGUGACGAUGUGACCGAUAACUGUAAGCCAUUAAAACAUAGAGAGUAUAACGGUGAACAGAAAUUGAUUUAUCCAUGUGGACUUAUUGCCAACUCGUAUUUCAAUGAUACAAUCUACCUGCCGGUUUUGCUCAACGCGAGAAACGGUGAGAACAAUGAAACGUAUACAUUCUCCGACCAAGGUAUAUCGUGGUCUUCAGAUCGCAACCACAAGUUCAAAAAGACCAAGUACUCGCCAGAUGAAGUGGUGCCGCCACCGAAUUGGGACAAGAUGUUCCCCGAUGGAUACAAUGAUACAAAUAUGCCCGAUGUGCAGAAAUGGGAGCACUUGCAAAAUUGGAUGAGAACAGCGGCGUUGCCAAACUUUUACAAACUAUAUGGACAAAAUACAACUCAACUGAUGAGUUCAGGUACAUACCAAAUCAGCAUUGAUAUGAACUACCCGGUAGAGAUUUUCGGUGGGUCAAAGAGUGUAGUGAUUACUACUAAUUCGAUUUUUGGCGGGCGCAAUGUUAGUUUAGGUGUCAUAUAUAUUAUUGUUGCUGUCAUUUGUCUUGUGUUGGGUAUUGGCUUCCUCUUGCAAGUGUUGAUCAAGCCACGCAAACUUGGUGAUCACAAUUAUCUUCAAGAGGGAGAGAUGGCCACCUACAGAGAUCAGCUUUAG